UUUGAAGGGAAAAAUGGCGACAAUGCGGCAAAAGUUAUGACACAAAAGACUGUAUUUCUUUGAUUUACUUACUGUAUAAAUAAAUAAGAGCCGUGCAGUGUAAGAAACAAGUGACACCUAUAUGCAAACAUGGCUACCCCUGACAUGGACGUGAUAAAAGAGGUGCCGGGGUACAGGGUCAUCUUGAAAGCCGUGCUGAAGGCGCAGAUACAGCAACUGAUUGAGCAACUAGCAGUAACCACAAAUGAAGAGUCCAUCAUUCUGACAGCCAGUGUGGCUGAUGGCACCCUGAGUCACCUUGGCUCUGACUCAGCUAAAGGCUUCCUUGAAGACCAUGAGGAUGUCAAGUCACAGUUCCUGGGAUACUGCCUCAAAACCCACCACAAAAAAAAACAGGAAGAGAAAGAGAAGAAAGAUGCUGAAGAAGCAAUGUUACGAUUGCAGCAGCACCAAGCUGCUGCCCCAAACUUCACACCCAUGGCUCCAGGAAUGGGGUACCAGCAGCGAGCCCAUAGAUUCAUGUCUCCUAGGUCCAGGGGUGGGGCAGUACCAGUGGGGCUCACCCGCUCAAGACAUGAACCAUAUAGUGUUCCUAGGGGUAGAAGACCGUCAGCAACAAGUACUGGAUCACCUGUGGCAAAAACUGACAGUGUUAUGGUAAAGAGUGAGCCAGAAGAGGCUGCGAACCAGACUUUCGGUGAGAGUUCUUCUAAUCCAACUCAAAAUGCAGGAAAUGAUGAUGACAAUUCUAGAGCAUCAGAAAUGCAGGCUGGCCAGGGUAAUGAUUAUCAGGAAGGGUUAGAGCUCGGUGCAGAGUUCUCAAACUUUAUGUCCGGAAUGGAUACUAGUCAAGGGGACACAUCUCAGGGCAGUGGGGGCCCUAAUGUGAGUGUAAAACUUGAGACAGGUGCUGGAUCAGAUGACGGGCUUGAAAUUACUGGAGUUGAGCCUGGUCAGCCUGUGAUCCCUAGCCAGCAGGAUUGGGACCCUAACGCAGCAAUGGGCAUGAACUUUGACCCCGGGGCCGGAACCAGUUCCCCAGGAGACAGCUUGGCCGGGCAACAGGGAUACAAGAUAAAAGGAGUUACCUGUCAUUUCUGCGGGAAAUGGUUUCAAUUCCAGUAUAACUUAAACAUGCAUCUGCGAAUACACACGGGAGAGAGACCAUUCAAGUGUGAAGUGUGUAAACGGGGGUUUAACCAGAAGGUCCACUUACAGUCACAUAUGCUUACACAUGCGAAACACAUGUAACAUUUCUGUUAGUCAAUAAGAUGAAAAGUAAUGGGAUUUUUGUCAACAAGCAUUUUCUUUUUAUACUGAAACAAUGUAAAAAAUGUGAUGUUAAAUAGAUGAACAAUGUGAAUUUUGUCAGUGAAAAUUGAAAUAUAAUGGUACAGCAUGGUUAUGUGAUUCAUGUGGAGAAAAAAGGAAUGGAAAUUUUAUCAAUGAACAAUUUUAUUUUCCUAUAUAUAUGAACAUUCAAAGAAAUAUGAUGAACAUUUUAAAUGGAAAUGUGAUAAAUAUUUUAAAGGGGCAAGACACCAGAUGGUUCCAAAAUCAGCAAAUACAUUAUUUCCACAAGACCAAGCUAGAUUUGUCAAUACAAGCUAGUAUGAGGCCGAUAUAACAUCAUUUAAAUGAUUAAAAUUAUAUUUUCUUGCCUUCUCAACUGAGUUAUCCUGCUUAAAGUGUGGAUAAUGGUUUCCCAGUUUGUAUUGUGUAUAAAUUGACUGGGUGUUGCGUGGUAGAAAAACCCUGUAAAUUUCUAAUUCAAAAAAUAGACAAAAACUGCCAAAGAUACAUGUGUCGUUAGCAAGGUGAUUCAUCACUCAGUAUGAUUCAAUGCAUUGUACACAACAAUAACAGUUUUAUGUAAGUUUUUGACAAUUUUCUUUUUUCCUUGCAACUGUAUCAUCCGGUGUCUAGUCCCUUUAAUAGAUAUGUGGUUUGUCAAAAGAUACUGACAGUGAAAUAGUUAACCAAUGACAGAUAUCCAGUUCCUUUUGCUUGAUUAUUGAUAUAAAUCAGGGAUAAUUCUAUGUCAGAUUUUCAAUGAGAGAAUUGCUCCCAUUUGUCCAAAAUUGGUGAGAGAAUUUUAAUUUCAGUGAGAUUUUUUUAUAAUACAUGGAUAACGCAGUGAUAAAACAAUGCAUAACAGUAACUUGUUUCAUGAAUAUCAGUAUACAUUGUAUUUACAAAUUUACAAUUAAUAGGUAUAUAGAUAUAAUAUAUACACUUGUUUGACUAGAAGGAAACACUUGUUAACAGUUCAGACAGCAUGAACAUUCAUACUCCUUAUAUUUGAGCAAAAAAAUAGGAUUAAGCCAUUUUUGCUGAAAGGUGCAUUGACUUUUUUGGGAGAUGAAGGCUUUCCAUUGUUGUUUUCAUCUGAACCUGGUAUUUUAUUUUGGUCCAGAGGCUUUUUUCAAGGAAUCCAAACAACGUUUUCUGAUUAGACAUUUUGACGCUUCCGAUAUUGUAGACACAUUUAAAAUGCAGUGGUAACCCGCGUAAACAAAAUUAUUCCGGGUCACAAACGAGAUAUCGCGGAAAUCGCUUACUAGAAUUAUCCCUGGAUAUAAAUGAUAUUACCCUCAUAGUUCACUAACAAUCAAAGGUAAUAUUAUUUAAAUCAUUAAACAACCAAAGGGAAUGGGAUAUCUAUCAAUGAACAACGAAACAGAAUGGAAAUUUUGGAUAAUGAACAACCAAAUAUAAUGGGAUAUAUGUCAGUGAAUCACUGAACGUUAUGUAUUUUCUGUCAUUAAACAACAUAAAGUAAUGUGUUAUCUGUCAUUGAACAUAAAAAAUGGCUAUACCUAACAAUGAACAAUGGGAUAUCUAAUAAUGAACAACCAAAGUUAAUGGGAUAUCUGUCAAUGAACAACCAAAGUUAAUGGGAUAUCUGUCAAUGAACAACCAAAGUUAAUGGGAUAUCUAAUAAUGAACAACCAAAGUUAAUGGGAUAUCUGUCAAUGAACAACCAAAGUUAAUGGGAUACCUAACAAUGAACAACCAAAGUUAAUGGGAUAUCUAACAAUGAACAACCAAAGUUAAUGGGAUAUCUGUCAAUGAACAACCUAACUCGAUGGGAUAUCUGUCAAUGAAUAACCUAACUCGAUGGGAUAUCUGUCAAUGAACAACCUAACUCGAUGGGAUAUCUGUCAAUGAAUAACCUAACUCGAUGGGAUAUCUGUCAAUGAACAACCAAAGGUUAUGGGAUAUCUGUCAAUGAACAACCAAAGGUAAUGGGAUAUCUGUCAAUGAACAACCAAAGUCAAUGGGAUAUCUAAUGAUGAACAACCAAAGUCAGUUGGAUAUAAGUCAAUGAACAACCAAAGUUAAUGGGAUAUCUAACAAUGAACAACCAAAGAUAAUGGGAUAUCUAACAAUGAACAACCAAAGUUAAUGGGAUAUCUGUCAAUGAACAACCAAAGAUAAUGGGAUAUCUAACAAUGAACAACCAAAGUUAAUGGGAUAUCUGUCAAUGAACAACCAAAGAUAAUGGGAUAUCUAACAAUGAACAACCAAAGUCAGUUGGAUAUAAUUAUGUCAAUGAACAACCAAAGUCAGUUGGAUAUCUGUCAAUGAACAACCAAAGUCAGUUGGAUAUCUGUCUUUGAACAACAAGAACUAAUGAGAUACCUGUCAAGUACUGUUUUUUUGUCGUGGUUAUGUCAUUUCUUUCAAAGAACAGGAAUAUGUGUCUUUGAAUAUUCAAUGAAUUUAUAUUAUCUAAUUCUAUAAUUAUGUUGAAGAACAUCUACUUUACAAAUGUUUUUGAUCUCUUUGUCACUAAAAGUUAAAUAAGACUACAUGAUUCCUGUUGAUGAUUGCAUUAUAAAAAGAUGUAAAAAGUAUGUAUUGUCUC